UUCACCCUAGGCAUCUAUGUAGAGUUAUCGCCGUCCACCACAGCCAUCAGCAGGUACCAGAAGUACGGCACGGUUUACCCACCCAGGUAGCCAGCCCGUACAGACCGCAAAAUGCUAGAUAACAAAAUUGCGAGCAAUUUCCCUCAGGCCCCAGCAAUUGCGAGGAGAUUGCACCAGGGAGCCAAUCCAGGGAGAUCCAGUCAGAGGUGCAGGAGGUGCUGGCGGAGGGGGGCAGCAGGACGGCUCGAGAUCAUGGCCAAGGCGACGUCAACAGUGCCCAACCCCCACCGUACCCCAGAAUCCCCCACCAAACCCCAUAGUUCUCCACUGGAAACGGCAGUAGAUGCAUGGUGCCACGCGAGCACUGCCUAUUCGGGAAGUGGACGAGGCCCACUCCACCACGGGGCAGUUCUGGGGAAACCACAGCCGGGCGUGCAGUUAGGACUAGAAGAAUGUGGUGGGUGGUGGGGGGUUAGGAACAUGGCUACCGAAGAUCGGAUGGGGGAAAGAUAACGAUCGGGAGAACUAAGGGAGCUAACCUGCGGUUGCCCGUGGGUGCUAGCGCAUAACCCGCAAAUGCCCUGUGGAAUAGG